AUGUUCUCGAUCCUCCUCUUGCUUCCCGUACUGGGUGCCCUCGCAAUCAUUGCGUCCGUCUUUCUCAAGUCACUGGCUUUGAAAGAGGUUCCUGGUCCAUACAUCACAAGAUUCACUAAGAUCCCUCUUCUGUACCAGACAAUCACUCUGAACAGAACUCGUUAUAUUCACGAAUUGCAUUGCAAAUAUGGUCCUCUGGUGCGAUUAGCUCCAGAUGAAAUCUCUAUCAAUCAUCCACCGUCGGUCGGUCCCAUCUAUAACUAUGAGAAGACGCAUUUUUACAAUGCCUUUGAAGCAUUUGGGGCCAAGAACAUGUUCAGUACGCCAGACCGUGCGCGCCAUAGCUAUAGGAGAAAGCACCUGGGCGGUGAAUAUACCAAAGCCUACAUGCUGCGACCCGAGAAUUUGAUUGUCAUCUACGACCGCGUUAGACAGAUGAUCAGCAACGUCUCGGAGCACAGCACAGUUGAUGUGUUCUACCUAUUCAAUUAUAUGGCGCAAGACGUCAUCUCGGGUUUCUUCUUCGGCAACCAAAACGGAAGUCAGCUGCUCCAAGGCCAGGACACAGAGGUGUUUGAUGCCUGGCAUAUGCGAAGGCAAACCUUCCAUUGGUUUGCUGAGCUCCCGAAAUUCACAAAGCUGCUAUACUCAUCUGGCAUUGCAAACCUGAUACCAGGCUGGAAAGAUGCAGCGACAGGGGAACAAAUCAUCAAUGAUAUGACCCACAAGUGGAUGGACAAGUGUGACCCCGAGAAAGCGCAUCUGCUGACCAAGCUCAUGAAGACGGGUCUUUCGCGCGAAGAAUACUCUGCAGAAGUCAUGGAUCACAUGGGAGCCGGCCACGAGACGACCGGUACAACGCUCACGUUCAUGAUUGACCACCUCUCCAAAAACCCUGAGCAACAGCAGAAGCUGCACGACGAGCUCAAGAAAGUCGACCUCGACAACUUCACCGCCGUCGACAAGCUGCCAUAUCUGCAUGGCGUCGUUCUGGAGACCCUGCGACUAUACUCGUCCAUCCCAGCCUCCGAACCGCGCAUCGUGCCCAAAGACGGAGUUACUCUCCUGGAAAAAUUCAUCCCAGCUUCCACCGUGAUCUCCGCCCAACCAUAUAGCAUGCAUCGGCAAGAGGAGUACUUCGAACGAUGCCUGGAAUUCAUCCCUGAGCGCUGGGACGAGCCUACCGCGAAGGCCAAGACUGCUUGGAUGGCCUUCGGAAAGGGCACGAGAGGCUGUAUUGGCCAAAACAUCGCCAUGGUCACAAUCAAAGUUGCGGUUAGCCAUUUGUACAAGACCUUUGAGACAAGAAAACCAACCAUGCUCCCUCAGAAGGAGAAUAUGGAUUUCAAGGAUUACUACAUGAUCACGCCCGUUGCGGAUACCUGUUCGGUCGUAUUCAGGAAGGUGGAAGCUGGAAGGAGACAAUAG